AUGAGGCCAGGCCUUCUUUCCUCCACUGCGCUUCAGGUUCUUGGCCUCAAUGAAAGUGUCCUUCUGUUUAUCUGUUCCUUGUGCCAGCUGCUGCCCCUCGAGGUGACCCUCAGCUGCCUGUUCUACAUCCCCCUCUUCCUCAUGAGGACCUCUGCAGUCGGCUGCCUCCUGCUGCCAAGGUCAGUGGUGGAAAGGCUCUAGGGCAAAGGACGGGGCAUCCAGAUGCCCUCAGGGCUGUGUGCCCACCUCUUCGGCCACUCUUCCUGUCCUGUGCUGAGUGUAGGGGCUGUUUACGAAGUAUGUGCAGGAACGGCCACCUUCCACCUAAUGCAGGCUGUGCUCCUGGUCCACCUCCACGCCCCCAAUAGCCCGAGGGCACAGGUGCGUAACAGCUUCUGAUUCCUCAAGCUACUGUUCCUGUUAGGUCUCUGUACUGCUGCCUCUACAUUUCCCACUGGUGCCGACCUUGCAGCCAGCCAUUACGUUGGCAUCUGUGGAGGCUUCACAUUCAUUCUGUUGCUGAUGCUUAUCAGAGCCUUUGCACACUCCUGGAACAAGAACUGGCAAACACGUGCAGCCUGGGACUGCAGCUGGUUCCUAGCUGUACUGCCGGCCACCCUAGGAUUCUUGGCGGGUGUGGAAGCUGUUCUGUUCUACCACUACUCACAUCCAGCUGGCUGCCUGCUCAAUAGGAUGCUUAGCCUGCACCUCUGUUUUUGUGGCCUCCUCUCCAUCGCUCUUUGCAUCUGAGUGGGUAUUUGAGCUAAGCCAGUGAUGGUGAACUUUAGUUUUCAAUGAUACAGCCUGCUGCCAUGUGUGCCACAGGUUCACCACCAAUGCCCUAAGAUAGUCUAGGUUUGGGGGAGACUUUUUUUUUUGGUUUUGGUUUUUUCCGAUACCAGGAAUCAAACUCACGACUUUGCACUUGCCAGGCAGGGACUGUGCCGCUGAGCUUAAUCCCCAGCCCCCAGACUUAGAAUUUUAGCAAAUGUCACUGGACUUUCCACUGUCAAUUAGCCAAUAAAAGAAUCUGUUUUCUCCCAAGGGAUGUGGAGGCAAAAGUGCAAGUAGCAGUGGGACUGCAGAAAUCAUCGUGUUAAAAAAAAGAUACCUAUUCUCCCAGAGCAACCCCAAAAUGGCCUUCUACAGGCCUCUUUCAUCAGCUGCUGUAUCAUGUAUCUGACCUUCUCUGCAUUAUCCAGCCAUCCUCCAGAGAUAGGACCUGGACUACCAGUGUCAAGAACUUUUCCACUCUUGCCAAACACUCAACUCUUUAUUCUAAACACUUUUCUCUUGCUCCCUGCCUGUAACCCUUCAAGGACAGAACAUACCAUGUCUGCCUAAGUAGAACGGCAACACCAAAGACCACACACCUCACUAGCCGUGUUGAGGGCAUCAUGUAUAUUUGUGUGCUGUUUGCUUGGUGAGUA